AUGCCAUUGACGCACCUAAUCCAAACUUUCCUUUUAGAAAAUUCGAAAUAUUAGAAAUGUUAGGAUAAGGAGCACAUUGAUCUGUUUAUUUAGUCAAAUCAAUAAAUUGGGGAAAUAAUAACAAUAAAUAAUAUGUUUUAAAAUAGUUAUAAAAUACUAAAAAUAAUGAAAUUUAAUUUAUUGAUUCACUUAUAUAGUAUCAGAAUCAAUAUGAAAAUCCAAAUAACAUAGAUUAAUAAAAUUACUAGCCAUCUGGAAUAAUUAGAAUUUAUGAAAGAUUUAAAUGGAACAACUAAGAUGUUUUUAUCAUG